AUGUCAGGCGCAAACUACCAGCAGAUUCCAUCUCUGCCCAUCCGGGAUGAGUUCAUGGCCUUGUUGAGGACAGAAUGGACACGUCAGGUAGCGUGUCAGAACGAAUGCCACCCACCUGAGUCUUGCAGCUGCCAGCGCACGAUUGUGCACGUUCACGAUCUCGAAGCCUGGUGGAAGAAGCCAGCCUCUGGAAACCCCAAGAAUACAAAUUGGGAACAAUUCGUGUACGGACUGCCCCUUCUUCCUGGUCGCAAUCUACCAAUUACGCCAAAGAAAAUCUUUGGCGGCGGACAGUCCCGCCUCCGCAUCCUCAGCCUGCUCAUCAGACAAGAACGCGACCAACUCAUCGACUGUUUCUACGAAGCGAAUAUGCACGACCACUACAUGGACCGCAGCGAAGAUUACCAGAGACUUCGUGAGCAGCUAUCCGAUGUCGUGCGAAAAGAAGAAGUGGAGUUCAUCAUCAAUGAUUUCCACAAAGAAAAAUGGGAGUUCUGCCCGUUGAAUUUGACUUCCGACAUGUCUAUCGACUUACGCGGGUCGGAAGUAAUUCCUCCGUUCUGCAUGAAGAUCAAGCUUCCCCAGAAAGGCGGUACUGCGUCGAUAUACUGGGUCGCGGUGCAAAAGGCUCUCAUAUCCGAUGACGCACUCGCACUUGCCUUGAAGGACUCCCUCUACAUGGACAACAUUUAUGGAGAGUGUUACCAAAUGGUACUCAAGUCUUAUUGCGGGAAUAAGAAGCAAGAUUUCGACAUGGAAAAGGCUGCAUUUUCUGCCUUACCGUCGAAUGACCAGGUUCCUAUCGUGAGAUGCUUCGGAGCUUACAUCCAUGGUCAUGGUGAAGGUGAAAAUAUGGGUACGACGUAUAAUCUCUUGCUGGAAUACGGCGAAAACGACCUAUAUGAAGCAUGGGCAGAUGAAACCAACAUUCCCCCGGUUCAGGCUCAAGAAAUUCUUCAGAGUUGGAAGUCUUUGUUCAACGUCGCUGAGGCCAUUCGUCAACUUCAUCAUCCGGAGUUCCCCCGAGGCAGCGGAGAGCCCUGGAGAUUCCAUGGUUGGCACGCGGACAUCAAACCGGACAAUAUUCUCAGUGUUCGUGGACAGCUCAAACUAUCUGACUUUGGAUUUUCGAGCUUCGCGCCAGUAAUCGAGGGUCAAGACAGCUCAGAACCAACAGACGUGAUACGUGGUUAUACAAACACUUAUGGUAAGCCUGAGUGGUGGCAGGGUAUACAAACAAGUGCUGAAUCUGUAGGUGCGCCCGAGGUGUCCCGCAUGGUGCAACCAGACGGAACCAUGUCCGGAGUGUCUCAGUCCAUCGACGCCUGGUCGUUCGGGUGUGUACUAUCGUUAGCUGCGACGUGGAUAGUUCUGGGAUUCCAAGGUAUCCGCCAAUACCAACGACUCCGACAGCUAUCACCGGCAAACAACGUGGGUGGCCUUGUGCUAGAUCGAUUCCAUAAUGGCACAGAUGUUCUACCGGAGGUAGAAAUGUGGCAUAGUUAUCUUCGUGGACAUCUCCGAUCUUCAGAUACUACGACAGAGUCUGUGUUGCAUUUGAUCGAAGAGAAACUCCUUCAAGGAGUCCCGACUGCACGAUGCAACUUGAGUGAGCUCUGCGAAGAGCUGAAAACUCUGGGUGCUUACGCCAAAUACAAUAUCAGAAGCUUAAGAGAGCACUCAAAAGAUACUGACCCUGUAGUCAUGAAGGCUCUCUCAAGCAUAGAGGAAGAAGCGCAGAUCCAGAGGUUUUCUGAACCACAAACCAACCUCUUGCAGCAACCGCUACUACGGGUCAACCCUCGCGAGCGGGCAUCGAUGCAGAUAAGGAAGGGAGAUUUGAUCAGGAACAAACCGCUCGGUCAGACGGCGCAUCGUAAAGAGAUUUUGAAGGAGAAACUCGAAGACUGUUAUGGGUCUAAGACAAUCGAAAGUUCGCCACUCAUCGCCGGUCUUCACAACGGUGCUGUUACGGAGAGUCCGAUUGACUCGAAUCCAUCAAGAGGGCUGCAGUUUGGUGGUCGCAAGAUCAAGCCCAGGCAUCCCCAAAUUCACAAGUCUGAACCAGGUCAGUUGGAUGCAGAGCCCCACCCACCAAGCUCCGCACGUCCAACCAUACCAAGCAACGCUCUUUCGACACCUCCACCAUCGUCCAAUCGCUAUAACCGAGUUUCUAUUGCUGGUAAAGAGCCUUAUAGUAACGAUCCCUUCGUUACAAAUUCACGAGGCAGUUCAUUCGGAGUCGAAUUACCAUCCCGCGCCAAUUUGGGAAGACUCAGUUUGCAGAAUCCAAAAGCAGAAUCACCAUCCACAAAGUACUCCACCAGUCACGUACAGCCGCACGGUACUUCGAUUUCGCCAUCUCCGCCCGCAGACAAAUACCUUACGUUGCAGAACUCCGACUUCAUGGUCGAAAAAGAAGCACACACAACAGGAUCUCCUCCACUCACACCCAUUAACAUCGCCCAUGAGCACAAGAUCACCCACAACCAUGUUCCCUCCAUAGACCACCUCGUCAAUCGCCAGAGCUACGGAGGAUCAGCCCCUAUAGCGUUCGAUACAAGCCCUACAAGCCCCUCUUUCGACGACAAACUUGUAGAAGAGCUGGAACUUGGGGCCUCAGGUAAAACUGAAACUAUUGGCAACUCUCGGCCAUCAGUAGUCGUUUCACUGGCGGUAGAUGCUCAGUCGUCGCAAUACCAACCCGCGACACCCAACCUAUCCACUCACCUUCCCGAGAUGCAAGCUCUGCACAACCCUACGUCUGCGAGAUCUUACGAUGACUCUGCGCUGCCACUUCCUCAGUCUGCACUGGAAUUGCCCUACGAUAUUUGCCUGAAAAGAAAGGCUAUGGAAGAGCAGGUCUCGAAGGGUGUAAUGUUAGUGAUCGAUAACGGGUGGACAAUGUGCAAGCACUGGCCGAUCGUAACGUUCGUCGCACAAACGCUCGCAAUGAACGCCGCUGGCCUAGAUAGGGAUGGAUUCGACGUCAAGUUCACGGUUGAUGGUCGCACCCAUGAUCAGCAGCGCCUUAGAGGAGAUCGGGGUCGGAAGAAGCUGAAGAAAGCCUUGAAGGAAGCGUGGCCAGAACAGAAACCGAACGAUAACGCCACUACAGACAUGGCGCGGAUUUUUCAAACCAUCUCUCGAGAAUGGAACCAGGCCGGCAAACCAGCUACAACACUCCUCGUACUGACUGACGGCGUUUGGUCAAAUGAGAAUACCGCUACCUUUGAUAAGAUCGUCCUCGAUAUCGCGCGAUUGGAACAACGACCUGGAGGUAGCCGUCACUUCAGCAUUCAGUUCAUUCGAUUUGACGAUGGACUGCCGGAAAAGACUCGUCUAGAGUGGUUAGACGACCAUUUGUGCGCCAAGAACGGACUGAAGGACAUUAUCGAUCACUGCUCGUGGCAAGCUCACGUCGAAAAAAUGCUUACAGGCAGCAUUGAGGUUUAUGCCGACGAACAGAACUCUGUUGAUCAACCCAUGUUGUACGACUACGACGGUCUCGUUGGUCUGUUCAAUACCUUCAACAGAGGGGGCGACGCCCUGCUUUCACCAACCGGUACCCCAUCUCGGACGCCCUCACGAGCAUCGAAACGCUUGUCGAUCUCCAAUUCAUUCACAGAGGACUGGACUAAAAGAGGUUGA